ACAGGCUGGAAAGAAGGGAGGGGAGGGAGGGAAGAUCGUAGGCUGCGGGUGAGGCUUUGAAAGUCAGCCUCGCAGGCAUUGCAGCAGAGCCCCGAAUCAGGGAGAAAGGAGGGAGGACAUUUACACACAGAGACGCAGAUACCCUGUGGAGAGGGUGAGGGCAGCUUCCUGAAAGGGCAUUGUGUAGUUGCGCGAGUGCAGAUAUGCUUCUGUGCGCUUUCGUCUCGGCGUCGGAGGCGGUGGCUUCAUGAGUUGCUUCGUGGAGCGGCGGCCCCUUUCUCCUCCUCUUCCCUUCCAUUAAGCCGCCACUCGUCGGAGCUCCCCACGCUAGAAUUAACUGCCUUGAGUUCGCGUCCGCUUGUCACGGGUGGCCUUUGGAGCAAGGGAAGGUGCGCGCGGGUGCGCGCGCUCAGAGCCCUCUGACGGGCUGCGGACAGGCGGGCCGACGCUUGCUCCAGACAGGGCUGCUGCCGCUGCUUCCCGAGGACGGCAAUGGUAGUCGCGGAAACGGCCGGCGGGAACGCCACGAACCUCAUUUUGGGAGGAAUCAAGUGUUUGUAAUAUGAUGAAAGAAGAUGGAAAACUAUAUUGUCAACCGCUAAAAAUAUUUCUAACCUGACACCAUAUUUAAAUAGUCCCUUGGCAUCAUAAAUGGUGUAUAUCAAAACAGAGGAAAAUGGAACGCUGUGUCUUCUACAAAUACUUAAUGGAAAGACCUGCAAAAGAUUAUUGCAUCUGUUUUGCAUCAAAUUUGGAAAAAAUGUAUACAUUUAUUUGUUGAACUAAAUUUCAGUUCACAUAUAAUACACUAGAUCCUAAGUAGAAUAAAAAAAGAGUUUUUUUGGAUACUUGUAUUGAACAUGACUCAUGGAGAAGAUCUUGUCUCUGAGAUGCACCAGGAUUCCAUUGUUCUAACUUACUUAGAGGGAUUACUAAUGCAUCAGACAGCCGGAGGUUCGGGUUCUGUGGUUGACAAAAAGCCUACUAGUAAUGCUGAAGAUCAAAAUUUCAGCGUUUCUGGAAAUGCAUCUCCCAGCUGUCAGAGAGAUGGUGUUCCUAACACACAUACAUAUAGAAGUUCUGGCAUGUUGCAUCAUAAAAAGGCCAGAUUGCUACAGUCUUCUGAAGACUGGAAUGCUGAAAACAAAGGGCGAUUAUCUGAUUCUCUUGUAGAUAUAAAUGAGAAAAAAGAAGUGUUGUUGGCUGGCAUGGUAGAAAAUGUGCCUAAAAGCAAGCAAGAUAGCACAUUGCUGGCUUCCUUACUACAGUCAUUUAGCUCUAGGUUGCAGAGUGUUGCUUUGUCACAACAAAUCAGGCAGAGCCUUAAAGAGCAAGGAUAUUCGCUCAGCAAUGAUUCCUCACAGGUAGAGAAAGACUUGAAGUGCUACGGUGUUGCAUCCAGUCACUUGAAGACUUUGCUGAAGAAAAACAAAUUGAAAGAUGAAAAACUGGAGACUGGUCUGCCAGAGCUGACAACAAACCUAGUUCAAGAUCGGUUUAAAGAAUCUACACAUUCAGGACAGAGUGGUUCAAAAGUGAUGAAUGAAUCACUUUCUUGUGCUGCAAGAUUACAAGCUGUUGCAAGCAUGGUGGAAAAAAGAUCUAGUCCUGCUGCAUCCCCUAAGCCAAGUGUUGCCUGCAGCCAACUUGCUUUGCUUCUUUCAAGUGAAGCACACUUGCAGCAGUAUUCCAGGGAGCAUGCUCUAAAAGCACAAAAUGCCAAUCAAAUUGCAAGUGAGAGACUUUCUGCUAUGGCAAGAUUAAAAGAAACUGUUCCUCCAAAAGAUGUUGGUCAUUUUAAACUAUCAAAAGGAAUGGAAAGCCAUUUGAAUGGUCAGGCAAGAUGUUCAAACAAAACAAUAGCCAAUAAAAGCAAUAUCACAAAUUUUCAAAGUCAUAUGGGCAUAACUCAUUCAUCUCCAAAAAUUAUAAACUACAAAACAUCAGAAAAAAGUCAUAUGAAACCACCUACCAACAGUAGUUUACUUUUGCACCUCCUGAAAAAUCAUAGUACUACAAAGCAGACCAAACGGUAUGAACAAAAUGACAGGUCCAGUAUUUUUGAGGAAAGCAGUACACCAACUACUGUUGAUGAAUACUCUGACAACAACCCAAGUUUUACAGAAGAUGAUAGUAGUGAUGAUGAGAGUUCCCAUUCAAAUUGUCUUCCUAUAGAUUUGUCUUUCAAACAAAAAACAAAUACUCAAGAUUCAGGGGAGACAGCUUCUCUAGACAAUUUAACUCAAUCCUUGUUUCAUAGUUGGGAAUCAAAAGUCCCAUGUCUGGAAAACAUAGAAGAAAAGGAUGCUUCUAAAAAUACAAAAUUGAAUCCACAUCAAAAAGUAACUUUACUGCAAUUGCUACUUGGUCAUAAGGAAGAAGAAAAAUCACCCAAAGUUAGAGAAACUGAAGGAACAUUAGUUCCAGCUGAUGUGACGAAAUUUAAUUUUUCAGUGAGUAACAGAACUCCUAUUACUGAGUCCUCUAAUACUAAUCGAAUAAUUCCAGUACAUACUCCUCCUUUGCAAACUUCUACAAAAGCAGAUUCACCUAUCAACCUUUCACACAAUUCUCCUUUAAUGAUAAAAUGUAAUUCACCACCAUAUACUUGCAUCAUACAGCCCGAGAGACUAACUAAUCCAGCUUCUAAACAAUUGAUAGAUCUUACUAUUCAUAAAGAACUUCAUGGAAGUAAACAGAAUAAAAAAGAAACUUUACAGACACCUUCAUCUUUCAGUGCAAGUAAACUAUUGCAAAACUUAGCUCAAUGUGGGAUGCAGUCUUCCAUGUCAGUGGAUAACCAAAGACAAGCAGGCAAACAAGUGAUGACUCUUAAAACUGAGAAACCAGUAGGAUUGAUAGGUGGACUAAAUACUUCCCUGCUUCAUAACACAUCAUGUACACUUGAAAAAAACAGAAUGCUCACUAAUCAGUUUCUCCCAGGAGAACAAAAACUUCCCAGUUCAGAAAUCCAAAAUCUGCUAGAACGGCGCACUGUGCUCCAGUUACUUCUGGGAACCUCCAACAAAAAUAUGAAUGAAACAAAGGAAAAAAUAUUUUUAAAAGAAGAGAGUUUAAAAGAUCCAACAGAAAAAGUUUUGAAUGAACAAAUACUGACUGUAAAAAUAAAAGCUGAGCCUUCUGAGGAAGAAUCCAGUGCCCUUCAGAAUUCAAAUGCUCAACAAAUAAUGGAAAAUGUUAAUAAGAAAUUUCCAGAAAUGACUCAUUCUUUAGAGAGAAAUAUGGCUAUUUCUCAAGCAUCAGAAGAAUUUCAGUCCCAGUCUCUUACAUCUCAAGACUUUUCCUUUUCGAAGAAUGGACUUCUAAGUCGAUUGCUGAGACAGAGUCAAGAUGGCUGCUCUGCAGAUAUUCUGGACAGGAGAAACCAUGAACAGAGUUUUGUGGAAUCAAAAAGUCACAAUAUGCUGCCCAAAAAGAGAAAAUUGCAUUCUGAUUCUUUAGAAGGUCCUUUAAAAAUAUUAAAAAGUAAUAAAUGUAGAAUAUCUGAUGUCACAAACAAUCACAAGUCUACUGCAGAUUCUUUGUAUGGUAAUUGUCUUAACCAAAAAGAAUCUCAGUUCAUCAAAAGUGAUUUUGAAAUAAAAUAUUCUUCAGGUUAUGGGUCAAUAAACGAAAGUGAAAACAGAAGUUGGUCUAGAGAAAGUAAAGGAUUUAAUGUGUUAAAACAACUGCUUCUGUCAGAAAAUUGUGAAAAAGAUAUAUCUCAGCAUAGAAAUAAUUUAUUAGUAACAGAUGGCAAAAAGAAAGGAAGCAAACAUAACCUAACAAAUAAUGAGAAGGCUGAAUUCAAUGUUUCUCCUGUGCAUACUCUCAUAGGGAACCCUGGGCAACCAAGCAAUUGCUUGGACUACCAGACAUUUCAAUAUUCAGUUGCUAUGAAGAGUCCUGCCAGUUCUCCCUUCACUGAACAUUUGGGAGGCACAGUAUCAUCAAAGCCAGAAUGUGACCAGUUUAGCAUUUGUCAUAUACCUAAUGAAAGGGGACCUCUAAAAUGGGUCAUCACUGAUUCUGACAAAAAUGAUCUUGAGAGAGACUCCCCAAGAUUGACCCAAACUAAUCCAAUAUUGUAUUAUAUGUUACAAAAGGGUGGAAACCCUAUUAAUGUUCAGGAAACCCAUAGCAAAGAUGCUUGGAGAGAUAAAUCAUUUAUAGAAAAUUCAUCUGUCACAAUGAAGAAAGAGUUGUCUCCUGUCACAGAAUGUAAAACAUUUCCUAAUAGAAGAAAUGCAUACAGCAACCAUUCAAAUAAUAGGGUGUCCAUUCAACACAACGGAGAAGUAUAUGGACUCUUAGAAAAGGUAUUAACAAUAAAAAAAGAACCUGAGUAGGUUAAAAUCUUACAAAGUGUUUACAAUCAGGUUUGAAUCUUUUCUUUGAAUAAAAUAAUGUAAAUCUAGCAUGAUUUGAGAAGAGCAUGGUAUAGCUAUGGUUUUAUUUGAUGAAUUUUUUUUGCUGAUAUUUAAAUGCAUACAGCUUUUGUUCUUUAUUUUUGCUUUACUGGAAAUUUAUCACAAUACAUGUCAACAGACUUGUUAAUUAUAUAAAUGUCCAUGAGUAAUUUGCAGCUGGAUUGUACUCAGUGAGUAACUGCUAUUACUGUCCUUGCACAUAACUAUGUGCUUAUGUAAACCCAUAAUAUUUUCCUUACAUGUUUCAAAACCAUGAAGGUGAUAAAUCACAGACAUUGAUUUAUCACAAAAAUCAAAAAGCUUUAUGUGAUUUGUACACAUGGCAAACAAAAGAAAUAGUGAGCAGAUUUAUUUACAUAUACCUGGACGAGUGUAGGAAUAACUAUAGAGUCAAAAGCAACUGUAGUAAGAUAUGUAAAACAGGAUCAUUUGGAGAUACUGGUGUUACUCAUGUAAUGCAGUGCAACAUUAUAUAUUUUCUCUUCUCUCACAACUGGGCUACUACCAUCCUGUAUUGUCUGCUCAUUUAUAAAAUGUGAAGAAUAUUUUUUUAUAUAUAAAUGGAUCAUCAUCCAGGCCAAGUCAUUUAUUUGUUGUUUUUGUAAUACUUAUCAGUGUUAACUAGAGAAUUGUACACAAUGAAAUUUCUAGUGCUUCCAAAUGGCUUGUAAUUUGUUUUUGCAUAAUUGGACAGAACCACAAGAAACACUGUCUUUUGUUUAGUUGCCUUUCCUAGACACUCAGCUGAAAUAAAUUAAAAUCUAGGUUGUGACUUCAAAAAAAUAAUGAAGCUGAAUCAUAAAUUACUGGAAGUAAAAGAUACAUCUCUUUCACUACUUUUAAUUGUUUAUUUAUUUACAUUUAUUCAAAUUUUCCAGGGAAAUUAACAUUUGAAUAAAGUUGAAAGAUUCCAGACUCAUGCUUUAAAAAAAAUAAAAAAAUUGUGAUAGUCAAUCUAUCAUUGUGAUCUAUUUUUCAUGAAUUCAUAUAUAUAAAAGAUUUAUAUA